AUGGCUCUAUCUUUGUUUUGUAUCAAUAAAUGCCAGUUUGAUAACUGUGGCUUAUAUUUUGCCUCGUUAUCCGAUCUCAUUCAGCACAUUGAAGAAACACAUUUACCUGAGAUUGAAAAUAUGCGGAAAAAAGCUGAGGAAGAAAAAUCUUUGUCUGCACAGCCUUCUCCCGUUGAUGGAGCCAUUAAAAGUAACACAUCUGCUGUUGGCCCUGCCUUACCACUUAGUACUAUAUACAGACUUUUUCCGGUGCUGCCACCACAUAAGGCUCAGCCGAUAAAAUACGAACCUACAAAAAUUUCUUUUUAUCAUUACAGGAAGAAACAAGUUGCUCUAGCAACGUUCGGGUCUGUGCAUUAUUCCCAACCGAAUUUUAUUGACAAGUAUAGAACAUCAAGUCGAUCAGAACAUGACGAAGAAGUCUCAAACGACUCUUUUAGGACGAAUGAGGAAGACGGUGAUACUCGUGAGCCAAAUGAUGAGAGAAGACACAAAUGCCCUGUCGAAGGUUGUAACAAGAGGUACAAAAAUUUGCAAGGGGCUAGGUAUCAUGCACGAACCAUUCACGGGUUAAAUGAGGAUAGUCCUUUGCCAGUUACAGCUGAAUCCAUAAUGUUAGGAAAUGAUGGGCAGUCUCCGCUUUCGCAAGGGCAGACAGUCAGUAAAGCUGCAACUGUUCGACCAUACAAGUGUUCCCAGUGUUCAAAGAGGUAUAAGACGGUAUCAAAUUUAAAUAAACAUGUACAGGACACUCAUCAAAGAGUUAUUCAAAAUUACAACAAUCAUGGCAUCGUUAAUAACUUGUCUCUGUCAUCUCCGGUUAGUGUUUCGCAUCCGGUAUAUGCACAGAAGUACCAAAAUGGUCCUUCUCAGGAACCUGUUAUGGUGGGGACGCAAACACAAGUACCAGUUACUGUGAAUCCAAACCACAACACUCCUAGUUCAUCACCCGGAAUUCAUUUGGCUCCGCAGCAGCCUCAAGCUGUCUCUCCAUCUAACUCUGGCAGCUACCAAUAUCAGCAAUGUCCGCAAACGAGAUCAUACUCUCCGAGUCCUGUUUCCACUGCAGUUCCUGUUCGGACUGUAACGAGUACGAUCGGGCGUUCGAAUUCAAAUCCGGGUACCGUGAUUAAUUACAGUAGCAUGGUAGAUGGCUCACAACAGACGGAUUCCUCCAUGCAUAUUGUACAACAAAGGUUGCCUCCAGUUGCGUCGACAAAUAGUAUUAAUCGCCCUCAGUAUAGUAGUGAAUGUUGA